GCCGGAAGUCAAGUCGAAGGCGGAGGUGACUCUGCUUCCGUUUCUGGUCUUGCUGCGGUGUUUUUCUUCUCGACCGGCCAAGAUGAACCGAUUCUUCGGGAAGCCGAAACCCAAGGCUCCGCCACCCAGCCUGACUGACUGCAUUGGCACGGUGGACAGCAGGGCAGAAUCCAUUGAUAAGAAGAUCUCUCGACUGGAUGCUGAACUAGUGAAGUAUAAGGAUCAGAUCAAGAAGAUGAGAGAGGGCCCUGCAAAGAAUAUGGUCAAGCAGAAAGCCUUGCGGGUUUUAAAGCAAAAGCGGAUGUAUGAGCAGCAGCGGGACAAUCUCGCCCAGCAGUCAUUUAACAUGGAACAAGCUAAUUACACCAUCCAGUCACUGAAGGACACCAAGACCACGGUUGAUGCUAUGAAACUGGGAGUAAAGGAAAUGAAGAAAGCUUACAAGCAGGUGAAAAUCGACCAGAUUGAGGAUCUACAAGACCAGCUAGAGGAUAUGAUGGAAGAUGCAAAUGAAAUCCAAGAAGCACUGAGCCGCAGUUAUGGUACCCCAGAGUUAGAUGAAGAUGACCUAGAAGCAGAGUUGGAUGCACUGGGCGAUGAGCUUCUGGCUGAUGAAGACAGUUCUUAUUUGGAUGAAGCGGCAGCUGCACCUGCAAUUCCAGAAGGUGUUCCCACUGACACAAAGAACAAGGAUGGAGUCCUUGUGGAUGAAUUUGGAUUGCCACAGAUCCCUGCUUCAUAGACUUGCAUCAUUCAAGUACAUCGUGUAAAAUAAACACAUAUUCUGGGACUAGGAAAUAUUUACCUUUCCAAGUUUGCCAUAACAGAUUUAGGUUUCUUUCCUGUCUUUGGAGGAAAAGUUAAUUACAUUGCUCUUAUUUUUUUUCCAUUAAGAGACUCAUUGCUUGGAGGAUGUUUUCUUUGUACUAAAUUUUUAUUCCUCCUUUCUUAUGAAAGACUAACUUACUUAAAAUUAUCAGUGGGUAUGUAUGACUUCCUUCCUUGAAAAUAAUUUUGAAAUAAAACCAGGAAAUGGGAAUCUUUAAAUACUAGGAAAGCAUAUCUCCACAAUCUCAAAUUGACCUGAUCAGUUGCUAAAACAAAGAUGAGAUUUGUGGGACUGUUCAUAUUAUGACUCAAAACCAUUUUCUCUUGUGGUAUUAUAGGUUGGUUAAAGUGACGGCCUUUUUUGGUGAGUUUUGUUGUGUCUUGUGUGUAACUCAUUACUGUGUCCAAUAUUGGAAUGGAAUUACCACUACUGUAUCAUGGGUGGAUAUUUUGAUUCUAUGGUUCCUUCAGUAUUACAGCUGACUUGUAAUCAACAAUGAAUAUUCCUUGAUAUUUAAUGUAUAGGACAUUUAUUUAUACUCAAUAAAUAUUUUUCAAAAGGUUAUAAUUUUAAUAAUAUCACUUCAGCCUGAAACCUCCACUACAGAAGCCAAAUUUAAUAUAAUUUUUAUGUCAA